AUGACAUCAUGUCCAUACAUCCAUCUCAAGAAGAGCGCAGAUGAAUUUAUACAUUAUCACCCAUACACAUCCAUGCUAUUCAAACAAUUCCCCCGUACAACGCGCUCCCGCCUCUCAUCUACCUAUAUUCACAUAAUCUCCCGUCUCCUCCCCUACUCCCACACCCCCAGAAUGACCACAAAAGACGUCUGCGGCGCCGCCCCAGGCUCCCAAGGCCACGCAACUCACAAGCCCCUCCCCAAAGAAGAAGCUUGGAAAUACCGCCCGCCAUACCUAAUCCAAACCCCUGAGGCCUUCGGGGAGAUAAAAUGGCGCGGAAAAUGCCAUUGCGGACAGAUCAGUUACUCACUGAAUCUCGAGAAGCCGCUUAAUGCCAAGUUCUGUCAUUGUAGGGGGUGUCAGUUGAUGCAUGUGGAGGGGUCGUUGCUAACUGCUGGCGGUGGUGGGGCAGGCGCACCCUUCCAAUGGGCCGCUAUAUUCCCCAAAUCCAGCAUCACUUUCGACCGGGGCGUGCGCGGGCUGGAGUUCUAUUGCUCCUCGCAUUAUACCCGUGAGUAUGAGGUUCCUGCGAAGGUAUCGUGUUCGUACUGUCGGACGCCGAUUAUGGAUGAGGGGAGGAAUGUUUGUUUGUUGUUUCCGGAGAGCAUUGAGUUUGGGGAGGAGGAGGAGGAGGGGGAGAGGGUUAAGCGGUGUUUUGAGGUUUCGUCCCAUAUAUUUUAUAGUAAACGGGUAGUGGAAAUUCCAGAUGGGAAGCCCAAGUGGGCAGGGAUGGAUGAGGCGAGUGAGUUGUUGGAUGAUUAUGGGAAUGUGAAGCCUGAGGACUAG